AUGAGCGACUCCGACGAUAAUAAGAGCACGUCCGGCAUCCCAGCAUGGCAGCGCAACCAAAAGACGGAUGCCGAACUCGAGCCGCAGCCCCAACAGCCAUCACAGGAUACAGAGGAGAACAAGACCGCCAGCGAAGACAGCCUCGAAGUUGCUCGCAAGUUCCUGCAAGACGAUGAGAUCAAGGACGCGCCAAGGGAAGCAAAAGAAGCAUUCCUCAAGACCAAGGGGAUCUCCUCUGAAGAUAUAGAGCAGCUGUUGGGCAGCUCGGCAUCUGAACCGAUUCAAGAAACCAUACACACAGAACAAGUACCAGCAAGCUCAACACGAGUGACAACAACGGCGCCCGAACCACAAACAACACCGACGCCACCGCCCAACACCGAAGUCUCCAUCCCACGCCAAACAGACCAACCCCCCGUCGUAACCUACCCCGAGUUCCUCACGAAGCCGACCCGUCCUCCGCCCCUGAUCACUGCCAACGGCAUUUUCAACACGCUGUAUGCCUUUGCCGGCCUCUCCACCCUCCUCUACGGCACAAGCAAGUACCUCGUGGCGCCCAUGGUCGAGAACCUCACCGAAGCGCGCUGCGACCUCCACGAUACCACGUCCAAGAACCUGGCUAAGAUCAUUGAGAAGCUCGAAAGCACCGUUUCGGAGGUCCCCGCCGCCAAGACGUCCACUGCGAAUGCAGAAGCAUACAAAGACGACGCGAGCAGCGUCAGCGCCGACGACCCGACCGAGAUGUUCCACCGCGACAUCGGCACGCAGACCUCGAUCCCCUCGACGCCCAAGUUCGGUGAGCCCGGCUUCGGGACAACAACGGAGGACAAGAACAAGUCUGUGAGCGAGAGGCAGGCCGACAAGCUCGCGCGGCUCCAUAGCUCGGCGGACCUGCUCAAGUCGACGGUCGUCUCGGACGCGGAGGACCUCGCGGACCUCAAGUCCAGGAUGGACGUCCUCAAGGACGACCUCGUCCAGCUGGCGUACCCGAGUCCGCAAGACUACGGCAGCUAUUCGCUCUACGGCGGCCCGCGUAAGAACGAGCCCGAGGACGAGAUCAAGAAGGCAAGGGACAAUAUUCGCAGGGUCAAGGGCGUGUUACUCAGCACGAGGAAUUUCCCCGCCUCGGCAAGGUGA